AAUGGGAACUCCGCCACGUCCGGGCUUUUGAUCUGUGCUCUGCACGUCACUUGGACCAGGACACUGUGCUGGGUCCCCCCACUCAACUCCUCUGACGGGCUCAGAGCCAGCACCAUGGCCUUCCAAACAGCUCCCUGAGAGGUUCCACCCAGAAGUGGACAGGAAGUAGGAGAAAUCUUAUUUCUGCUUGCUUUUAUCUCAUCCUUUACAAGUUCUAUGGGUGUCGCUGGUAGAGGACUGUGUCUGCAUGGUAACAGAGCAUAUAAUUUAUAAGUGGAUGUGUAUAUCUAUUACACUUAAAUUCUGCCCUUUGCUGAAGAGGACGUGUAAUCAGAAGUGUGUGGAAAAGAUUGUCCUGGGGUCAGGAGUGAACCACUUAGCCAGCCCUUCACUCCCUGGCCUCUCCUGUCUUCCUGGCUUCAUCAUCUAUAUUCUCCUCCUCCCCCCUCCCCAUGACGUCAUUGCUCCACCAAUACUCAACUUCCAGUUGCUGCAACAUGCCAGGCGCUUUCAUGCCUACAGCCCCGGCAAAGUCUUCUGUCCGCGGGCCCAUCCUUCCUUGAGCCCCUGCAAACUCAGAACAACCCGGCUCCUCUCUGAAGCUUCCCCUGAUGCUCACGACUCCCAGAGUGCUCGGUAGGCGCCUUAACCGCCUAGAUCUCCCAGUUGUGCUCAUCGGUUUAACUUGCCAGGGCGUUUGUCUAGACCGCAAGCCCCUUGAGGGCCAAGCCCAGGGCUUAGUCAUAUCCCCACCCAGAGCAGACUGAGGUCAAGAUACCCUGCCGCUGCCCACUGCCGGGGGAAAACCUGGGCCCAGUGAGGUUAAUCGGUCUUCACAAGGUCGGGUCUGCUGACCCUGCUAAUCAGCUUGAGCCUCCUAAUCCAUUGCCAGCAGGAACCUCGGGACAAAGGCAGUGGCUCGUGAGAGCUGGCAGGGGCCAUCUUGGCCUUCUUCGGCGCCUGGGUCUCAGAGGGGAUGGGGCAGCUGAGCCAUGUGCACCACCCUCUUCCUGCUCAGCACCUUGGCCAUGCUCUGGCGCCGCCGAUUCGCCAACCGGGUCCAACCAGAGUCCAGUGGAGUAGAUGGGGCAGUCUCGGGCAGCGGUUUGGAAACAGACCUCCAACCCUCAGGCAGGGAGAAGAGCCUCUGAAGUGAGCCCUCAGCUCUUCAGGCAGAGCUCAGCCCCAGGGCCUGGGAUGGGCUGGCAGCACGUGCUGCCUUGCGGCGAGCUGACAACGCGCAGAUCCCGUGUCAGGUGUGCGGACUGAGACAGCAGUGACAGAGACAGUACCCGCCCUGCCGUCGGUUCCGGAUGAAGAUCCGGCCUGGGAAGCCCGGUUGAGCCCCUGCCUCCUCACGUGACCUUCCUUUCUCUGGCCCUCCGACUCCCCAUCUAACGGGCAUGCGCUGAACCCAGGCGGGCUGGCGCCGAGGCCCUAAAGGAAGGCUUCCGCCAAUCACGAGAGACCGCGGCUGAUGACGUGUGGAGGUGCUAACGAGGACUCGCAGCAUCUGCAGACAGCGACCGAGCGUCUCCGUGCCAGGCGCCGGGGAUACAGACAUGAACUAAGACUUGCCGCCACAAACGACCAGAAGACUGAGCAAAACGUAAGAAACAGUCACUUGACAGCAGGCAGCACACAGGACGGUGACGUCACGCCUCAGCCUCACCUCAGAUGGUUCCCCGCCCGGGUCCUGGGGAGGGGGAACCACGGCGGUCUCCCCGAGGUGAGGAGGCCUCGUCAGAGUUCAGGGCAGUGUUCCCGAGGACACAGACCAAUGGGAUCCAAAGCCAGACAUGACAAAGGCGAGUCAAAGGAAAGUCCUUUCCACCGAAGACACAAAGCACCGGCCGCCAAAGCGAAAUGGACAAGCUGCAAUUGAUCGAGAUUGGAAAGACGGAGAAAAUAUCUCCCAGGCAAAUACCUGAGAAAGGAUCCGCAUCCAGACGAUACAGACAGCUUUUACAACUCAGUAAGACAGGCCCAUUAAAAUAAGGGGGGGAGGGUUAAUACGUUGAUUCGCAAGAAAGUAUCCAUAGGAGCAAUAAACACAGAGAAGGAUGCUCAGCAUCGCAGUCGGCAGGAGAUGCCGAUUAAAAGCACCAUGAGAUACUACUACACACCCACCUGAAUGGCUGACGUUAAAGACGGACCACGGCAGGCGCUGGCAAGGGUGCUGAGCGCAUGUAACUCUGUAACACGUUGCUGGAGGAGUAGAAGUGUCACAACCAUCGGCGAAACCAGUUUGGCAGUUUCCCUUGAAGUCAUCCAAGAGGAAUGGAAACUUAAGUCCACGGAAACAUUUGUACAAAAAUAUUCACAGCAGCAGCUUUAUUAAUCAUAGUUCCAAACUGGAAACAACCUGAAAGUCCACAACAUGCGAAUGGGUAAAAAUAUUGUGGUAUAGUCAUAGGAUGGAAUAAUAGUCAGCACUUAAAAAGGAAAAUGAACCACUGAUGUAGGCUGCCACGCGGGGAAGACACAAGAGUCCCUUUUUAUGAAGUUCUAGAAUGGGCAAAUCUACGGUGACAGAAAGCAGAUCAGUGGUUGCCUGGGGCCAGGGUUGGGUGGAGACUGGGGGUAAACGGGUCGGGAAGAUCUCUGGGUGAUGAAGGUGUUCUAAAUCGCGGUGGGGUUGUGGUCGCACAGGUUUAUACCUUAAUUGGACUACUGAACUGUACACUGUACAUUUUAAACAGAUGUAUUUUGGAGUCCCCAUCGUGGCGCAGUGGUUAACAAACCCGACUAGUAUCCAUGA